UGUCCGCAGCGCCGGCAGGAGCGGAGCGCAGCGCAGCGCAGCGCAGCGAGGCGCACUCGGUGGGAGCGGCCCGCCAGUGGACGGGCCCGGCGGCUGGACCGGUGCCGCUGCUGUCCUGCUCGCUCUCCGCCGCCGCCCAUGAGCGCGGCGCCGCGCGGCCCGGGUCCGUAGGCGGCGGGGCGCCCCCCCCCCCAUGCUGCUGCAGCCCGCGCCGUGCGCCCCGAGCGCGGGCUUCCCGCGGCCCCCGGCCGCCUCCGGCGCCAUGCACGGCUCGCAGAAGGACACCACAUUCACCAAGAUCUUCGUGGGCGGCCUGCCCUACCACACCACCGACGCCUCGCUCAGGAAGUAUUUCGAGGGCUUCGGGGACAUCGAGGAGGCCGUGGUCAUCACCGACCGCCAGACGGGCAAGUCUCGCGGCUACGGCUUCGUGACCAUGGCCGACCGGGCGGCGGCAGAGAGAGCUUGCAAAGACCCGAACCCCAACAUCGAUGGCCGCAAGGCCAACGUGAACCUGGCGUAUCUGGGUGCCAAGCCGAGGAGCCUCCAGACGGGCUUUGCCAUUGGAGUACAGCAGCUGCACCCCACUUUGAUCCAACGGACUUACGGGCUGACCCCCCACUACAUCUAUCCACAAGCCGUCGUGCAGCCCAGCGUGGUGAUCCCGGCCGCCCCGGUCCCGUCGCUGUCCUCCCCCUACAUCGAAUACACGCCAGCCAGCCCGGCCUACGCCCAGUACCCGCCGGCCACUUUUGACCAGUACCCUUACGCCGCCUCGCCCGCCACGGCCGCCGGCUUCGUGGGCUACGGCUACCCGGCCGCCGUGCCUCAGGCCCUCUCGGCCGCGGCCCCCGCGGGCGCCACGUUCGUGCAGUGCCAGCCUCCGCAGCUGCAGCCCGACAGGAUGCAGUGAGGGCCGUUCCCGCCCCUGGCGUCACGGCCCCGUCGGCCACACGCCGGGCAAGCGGCCGGCCGGGCUUCGGGGUGCGCGC